CAGCCAGUACUGGAGAGGAGAGCACCAGCAGAACUGCUGACUGGAGCCUGUGGGACACAUAACUGUAACUUUUUUUUAUUAACUUUGGCCCCAGUGACAAAGAGGACUGCUGCUGUUGGAGAUGACUGGACUGUCACUGUUGGAGCAAUAUCCCUCCUCUUUAGGAACUGUUCUCUGUCCUGAGAUCCUGAGAAUUACUGAAGAGCUUUGAUCUAAGAGGCACAGAUAUUGGAGAAUUCCCACUUCAGUUCACAGUUUGGAUCACUGAAGAAGAAGAAGAAGAAGACGAGGCUGCAGGCCUGUUUGUUGGAUAAAAGCCAUAAUCAAAAUCAAACGAUGAGGACUCAUCUCUUCUGCUUGGAGUUACUUGUUUUGGCAGUCCACAUACUUGUGGCCAGUGGACAGCUGGAGCCAAAGAAACAAGUGCCCCAGGAACCUCUCGCUAUUACCCCAAAACUAGGGCUCGUAGAACGAGAUGUGCAGGGUGCAGUGCGGCCCAACAACACCAUGCCCCGCCGCCGCCUACCACCCAUGUGCACCGGACCCACAGAAAUCCGAGACACUUUCAAGUACAUCAACACGGUGGUGUCCUGCCUGGUUUUCGUUGUUGGUAUUAUUGGGAAUUCCACUCUUUUGAGGAUCAUCUAUAAGAAUAAGUGCAUGCGUAAUGGGCCAAACAUACUGAUUGGCAGCCUGGCACUUGGAGACCUGCUGCAUAUCAUCAUCGGCAUUCCCAUUAAUGUUUAUAAGCUCCUGGCAGAGGAUUGGCCAUUUGGGGUGACUCUGUGCAAACUGGUUCCAUUUGUCCAGAAAUCCUCAGUGGGGAUUACAGUGCUGAGUCUGUGCGCGUUGAGUAUCGACAGGUAUCGUGCCGUGGCCUCUUGGAGCCGUAUCAAAGGGAUCGGAGUUCCAAAAUGGAUGGCUAUCGAGAUAGCACUCAUCUGGAUAUUAUCUAUCAUCCUGGCUGUGCCAGAGGCAAUAGCCUUUGACAUGAUCACCAUGAACUACAAAGGCGAACACUUGAGGAUCUGUUUGCUGCACCCCGUGCAGAACACCAGAUUCAUGGAGUUUUAUAAAUCGGCAAAGGACUGGUGGCUGUUCAGUGCAUAUUUCUGCCUGCCGUUGGCCUGCACUGCCAUUUUCUACACCCUGAUGACCUGUGAGAUGCUGAGGAAGAAGAAUGGAGUGCAGAUUGCUCUCAGUGACCAUUUAAAACAGCGGAGGGAGGUGGCGAAGACAGUGUUUUGUCUGGUUCUGGUCUUCGCUCUGUGCUGGCUGCCUCUCCAUCUCAGCCGUAUACUGAAGCUCACCAUCUAUGAUGAAAAAGAUCCAAACCGCUGUGAGCUGCUCAGUUUCUUUUUGGUGUUGGACUACAUUGGCAUCAACAUGGCAUCUGUCAACUCCUGCAUCAACCCCAUCGCCCUCUACAUGGUCAGCAAGCGCUUCAAGAACUGCUUCAGGUCGUGUCUGUGCUGCUGGUGCCUCCCGGCAGAGAUGUUAAUGGAUGAAAAGCAGUCGUGCAUGAAGCUUAAAGUCACCGACCGAGGCUCCGAUCAGAGCAACUCCCGCAUGACCAACAAGUCCUCAACAGCCUGAGGAGAGGCACAGAAGUGAGAAACAACCAUAUUCAAGUAUAGCUGAGUGAAUGAGGACAUGUGUUUUUAUCUACAACAUGAUAUGAAGUGUCCUUAAAUUCUUAAAAUAUAUACGUACCGUUGGAAAUCAGCUCUCGCUGCAGCUCAAUCCAACCUGAAACUCUUAGAACUUAUCACGGAGGGUUGCACUCUCCUUGUCCAAGAGUGAAGUGUAUUCUUGGAUAGUGAGCGUCAAAUUUGUACUGGUGUGAAUUACAUUAAAAAUGGAGAACUGAACAAGGCCAAGGCACAACUGUGUUAUGUAAAAUUGGGGGUUAAGGGUCAACUAGCAAAGACAGCUUGUCAGGCUUGCAGCCUGGAUAGUGAAUGUGAAAGUUCUGCAUUGUAUGGACAGUAUUAGAGUGUGGUGUAUUUGUUACAUACUGCAGCAGUUUGGAAAAUGCCCAUUUUGGUAUUUUGCAUGUUUUUUCCUGUAAAAAUGAAUGUAUGAUUUAAGCAUUUUACAUGCUUUUGCAUAUUUGUUAAUGCUUUGAAGUGUAUUUACUUUGUGUAUUCUCAAUAGUAACUGAACUACUGACAUUGUGUGACUUCAGCUGUGUGACCAUUAGCUAUUGUAUCAUAUUGUUCUGUACUUGCAGGGGCAGUUCUAGGGGCCACAGGGGCAUUGGCCCCAUUUGAAAUCUGAUUGCCCCCUGAAGUGCCCCUGUCCUGUCACUCAUCUGCAAUUCCAUGCCGAAACACCAGUAGCGCUAAUGAGCCAAAUAGGAAUGCUCAGCGUGAAUAAAGCUUACAGAAGCAAACGAAGAUUUGAACGAUCUCCAGUGUUGCCAAGUCCACUUAUUAUAAGCGACUUUGGGCUUGUUUUUUUCUAAAGUCGCUUGUAAAUCUCGUGAGUUGCGGGCUGCGUUUUUUUGGGCUUGUUUUUGAACAUGAAGUUGCUUAUUUGAGCUUGACUUUCUUUCCGAGUGAAACUCCUUGAUUAUCUCCCGGCGCCCCAUAAUAAAGCAAAAGACGAGUGGUAGGUAGUU